UUUCCCGAGGACGCCGCCGCCCCCCGCGCCCGCGCCCCCCGCGCCCGCGUCCCCGGCGCCGCCGGCCCGGAGUCCCCGGAAGUCUCCCGCCGCCGGCGCUCGCGAGGGAAGCCCGGGCCGCCGGGACCUCGGCCCGCUGCUCCGGACCCCGCAGGCCGCCGCACCGGCCGCCGCUCCCGAUGCUGCUGCUGCCGCCGCGGCCGCCCCACCCGCGGUCCUCCUCCCCGGAGGCCAUGGACCCACCGCCCCCCAAGGCGCCCCCUUUCCCCAAGACGGAAGGGCCUUCGUCCACGCCUUCCUCGGCGGCGGGGCCCCGACCCCCGCGGCUGGGCCGCCACCUGCUUAUCGACGCCAACGGGGUUCCCUACACGUACACGGUGCAGCUGGAGGAGGAGCCCCGGGGCGCGCCCCAGCGCGAGGCGCCCCCCGGAGAGCCCGGCCCGCGCAAGGGCUACAGCUGCCCGGAGUGCGCCCGCGUCUUCGCCAGCCCCCUGCGGCUGCAGAGCCACCGCGUGUCGCACUCGGACCUCAAGCCCUUCACGUGCGGCGCCUGCGGCAAGGCCUUCAAGCGCUCCAGCCACCUGUCGCGGCACCGCGCCACGCACCGCGCCCGCCCGCCGCACACCUGCCCGCUCUGCCCGCGCCGCUUCCAGGACGCCGCGGAGCUGGCGCAGCACGUGCGCCUGCACUGAGCCCGCCCGCCCGGCCCGGCCCGGCCCGGCCCGG